AUGUUACAGCAGUGCAAGAAGUGUAAGAUAUGUGAGAAAGUGGUGGGAUAUGUUGCAGCAAUGCGGUGGUCACGUCCAUCGGUAGCGCGCUGCUCAGAUGCCGGACGGAUUGCAAUCGUCCGCACCUCAGUACUUGUCUUGUCGGAACUGUUCUUCCUCACAUCCACAGAUCCUUUCCGUCAGUUAUCAGCGGAGCAAGGGAAGCAUACAGUCCUUUCGUAUGGGUUUCAUAUGUGGUAUAAUACCCGUUUUAUUUGA